CCAGUACUUGACAAGUGACGCCUGAAUGAAACUCACGAUCCAAAAACUCGAUCCACACCGCAUCACUCUACCAAUCACAUGACCUGUCAAAUCGCGGGGCAGGUUAUCCAUUGCGGCUCUUCAAAUUUUCGAUAUUCCCACCUCACUCCACGCACCCAUGAACCGCCUCACCACAAUACCACGAGCACUCUCGCGGCCAUCCUCAGCAUCCGCCUUCUUCUCAACCACCCCACCCACUUCCGCCCGCGCUCCUCCCCGCCGCAAAAAUAAUGGCGGCCGGAACCGACGCCCGCGCAAACCAGCGCAACCGCUGCGCAUCCUGCAACGCACCGCACCGACCUACAACCCACCAGUGCCUGCCGUCUCACCGCUCUUAAACGCCGCCACAUUCCUGCCAUACUCGAAGAAGCACCCCAAAGCGGCGCCUACCGCAGGGCCGGGCCUGAGCCCGCGCGAAUGGGCGCUGCGGCAGAACCCGUACGCGGCGAUCCUGGCGACGCCGAUCCGCAACGACGCGGACUUCCACCGGCGGCUGCCCGCGGCACUGCUGAAGCGGUUCGUUGUCAAGAGCAAUCCUGCCACUGGCGAGCCGUGGAUGCUGCCCGACGGGCUCGAUGUGGGCGCCGCGCCUACGCAUACCGUCGCUGGAUACUGUCUCGCUACUCAGUCGGCUGUUAAGGCGCAGGCGCCCAAUAUGGGCCGUGGUGGCAAAGUGUGGGCCAAGAUGCUGAGUGAUACGCAAAGAAAGAGUGGUGUCGUCGGAAAGAUCACUUGGAGGAAGGAUAUGGACGCGUUCGUGUUGAUGAAGCUGCGCAGGAGGGUGCUGCAGGAGGCCCAGAGGGCUAUGUUGAGUACCGAUGUUGAUAGGGUGGUGGGGGGUGAGGAGGCGUGGUUGGCUGCCGGGGAGCCAAUGACUGUGCUGGAUUUCCGAGAGGGGAGGGGGUCGGUGGAGGGGGAGUUUGCGGAUCAGGAUACGCUCAGGAACAUGACCAGUGCUGGAUACAGAGCGAGAGAGCCACCACCGCAGAUGGAUCUGGGGGGAGUGAUGGCGCUAGUCGGCGGGAAGAGGUUACCUGUCCAUCCGAUGUGGGAGAUGCUUGAUGAGGAGGUUUGCGAUGAGCUCAGGAAGCAUUGGAGAGUGGAGAAGGGGUUUGAGGUUAUGGCGCUCAUGACGUCCUACCGGACGUUGGAUCUCCAGGUCGCCCUCAUGAAGUUGAGGUAUUACCUCGAGAUGUGGUUUAUUCCCGAGGGCCAUCAUGGGAAAAAGCAUUAUUGAGCUACACAUAUGUACAACAGACAUAAUAGUAGAUUUACUC